UCGGCAGUUCAUUUUGGAGUUGAACUUCUAAAUCUCUCUCAAGAGUCGCCUCAAUACGCCGCUCCCGGUUACUCUCCUCUCAAUACUGACUUGAGCUUCGGAGAAGGUCCCGCCGACCACCGCGGCGGGUUCCUCUUUUGCAGGUGUCCAUCUCGGAGGCUGGUGGUGGAUGUUGGCUAGGAGGACAACGCUCACCGGACCUCAAACACAUUGAAGCAGGCUCCUCAGAGCUUGGCAUCAACAAUUGGUGCCCACCGUGGGGCCCGUUGAGUUUAAUACCAACAAACCGUCAAUCCAGCAAGAUAAGGUGGACACACAGGAUCUACGUACAAACCGAAGUAGGAUUCAUCAAGAUGCAACUCCAAUCAUCAAUCAAGUUGUUAUCUCCAAGAAUCGAGGAUCUCAACGAGAUGCGCAUGCAGGAUAAGCAGCCCGAAGAAUGGAUUCGUCAAGAUACAACUCCAAACAUCAAUUAAUUUGCUACCUCUAAGAAUCGAGGAUCUCUCGACCAAUAUUCAGUUGUGUCAAUCUUUGGUCCGAAACUGCGGGCCCUCAACCCCACUAGUUCCUCCAUCGAUUUGUCGCGAAAUCAUAGGAUCCUCAAGUCCUCUCAUGGAAUGACGCCCUGACAUCAACAAUUGGCACCUAUUGUUAUUAUUUUAUUUUUACGAACACGCCACCCAUGCCAGAAGCAGGAGGCACCUAUAAAUAGGAUGCUCAUUUAUGCUUUCUCGGCAGUUCAUUUUGGAGUUGAACUUCUAAAUCUCUCUCAAGAGCCGGCUCAAUACGCUGCUACUGGUUACUCUCCUCUCAAUACUGACUUGAGCUUCGGAGCUGGUCCCCGCCGACCAGCGCCGCCUGGUUCCUCUUUUGCAGGUGUCCAUCUCGAAGGUCGGUGGAGGCAAACGUUGGCCAGGAAUUUGGCGCUCACCGGACAUCAAACACAUUGAAGCAGGCUCAUCCAAGCUUGGGAUCAACACAUUUGAAAUGGGUAUCUCAAACCCGUACGGGUUAACGGGUACCCAUUACUCGUACGGGACGGAUAACGAGUACCCGCGGGUACCCAUAAAUUUGUGUGAUUUUCGUUAUUUGAUCUUUUAUUGGCGGCAAAAUUGGCGUGGGAAUUCAGUUUAUUGACUUGAAUUGUAGUGAACCUACUGCUACUGAUUUAUAUAAAAUGAAUAGAGAAAGGCAGUGGGCUUUCAACCGAUCCCAUGCAUGCAGACGUGGAUUCUUUCUAUUAAAUUGAAUUGUAAUGA